ACAUACUGUGCUAAUUAUCUAUCUUUGAAACACAGAAUAAAUAUAUGUAUAUUCCUGCGAGUUCUUGCACAAUGAGAGUUGUAUAUAAAUGCAAGAAUAUUCAGCUGUAUCAGAAGUAUCUUCAGCUGUUGCAAAGGAGCAAGUUGUGGAGAGAAAAAUAUAUACAAGAUGAAGGCAGUAAUGUUUAUUUUCAUAAUGCUUGCCACAGUAUGUGCAAUCCUUGCAUUUGUACCAUAUAAUCCGCCACGACCGGGACAAUCUAAACCGUUUCCAAGCUUCCCAGGUCAUGGACCAUUCAAUCCAAAAAUUCAGUGGCCAUACCCAUUACCAAACCCUGGUCAUUAAUCACAAAAAUCAAGAAACCUUCAAACAAUUAAACUUGACAAAUCAUCAGAGAUUAUAUCUGCAAUGUACCGACGAAUUAUUAUAACUAUAAAUUGAAUUAAGUUAUACACUGAUUAAAAUGAUCUUGAUUUAUUUUCAAUAAAUAGUAACUAUCUUGAAA